CCGGCAUUCCCACAUUUUGACGUUGAUUUGAGGUUGAAGGAUAACAGACCUUUACCAAGCUCGUCGAUGUUUGGCGACGGUGAAAGGGGAAUUUGUCUGAAGAACAUCAGUUUUCUCCGUCAUCUUGCCAGCACCAUUCGUGAAGACUAAAUCUCAUUCUUCAUUGUUCUUUGCAAGACUGUGGGCUGUUGCUCUUGCUAUUGGGGCCGGUUUGUAGUUCCGGUGUCCCAGCUCAGUUGCACCUUCCUUGACCACAUUGACUUUGGGAGACAUCCUCCGUUCACAAUGGCUUCAGCGGAUGUCCUUCUUCCUUCCUCCUCCUCUUCUUCCCCAACACCCUCUAGCCACCUCAAAAGGAAAAGGUCAACGUCAACCGUAUCGAGAGCAUUGAGCAAGAUGGCUCCAAAUAUCUCAAGACAGCUGGCUUUCGAUCCCGCAAAGCAUCUCAAAUUCGAGCCGCCUCAGAAGAUCUGGACUAUGAGCGAGAUUCGAAUGGCUGAAAAAGGUGUCUCUCCCAAUGCAGUAUCCGAACCCUUUCCUCUUUUCACCCACGAAGCCGUCCAACAGAUGCGAGCCGAAGUCUUGAGCAAGCCAGUCUGGGAGAACUGCCAGUACAAAAGUAACAUUGCUCAGUGCCAGCUCAGAGGCUUUGCUGCAGAGUAUGCACCGUUUGUGUAUGAUGUCUGGCGUAACCCAGAGGUCCUCUCUAUCGUGUCGAAGAUUGCCGGCGUCGAGCUCGUGCCCGCAAUGGAUCUUGAAAUUGCCCACAUGAACAUCUCGAUCAAGAGCAAGGAGGAGCAAGAGGCUGUUAACCAGGCUUUACAAGAGAAAGAGCAUCGUGACGCUGACGAGGGCGUAUCUGGUUGUCCGUUCGAGGAUGACACGCCCAUCGUCGAUUGGCAUACUGACAGCUACCCCUUCGUCUGCGUGACAAUGCUCAGUGACUGCACGCACAUGAUUGGCGGCGAAACUGCGCUGCGUAUGGGUGAUGGAGAGGUCAUGAAGGUGCGAGGACCAGGCAUGGGGCAUGCUGUUGUUCUACAAGGACGAUACAUCGAACAUCAAGCCUUGAGGGCUCUUGGUGGCACCGAGCGCAUCACUAUGGUGACGUCCUUCAGGCCCAAGUCAGCCUUCAUCAAAGAUGAUACCGUCCUUACCACGGUCCGUUCCAUCUCCAACCUCUCAGAGCUCUAUUCGCAGUAUGCAGAGUACCGGCUUGAGUUGCUGGAAGAGCGCGUUCGAGCACAACUCAAAGAACUGCGCGACCGCAAGCGGGCUCAUCGAAGCUUCGAUACUGCUGCGGCCAAAACGUUCAUUACCGAACAGCGCAACUUCCUCGACUCGAUGCUUCGAGAAAUCGUCGAUGAGGACCUCGUCACCGUGGGAUACACUGACGACUCGCACCUGCUAAGCGAUGAGUUGAAGCUGGAGGGACGCAAGAAAGCACGCUAUCAUUCGGAGGACAGAGUCUAGAUGCUGAUGCUGAUCAUGAUCAUGAUGUGAUGACUUUCGUUACGAUACAACUGCAUUGUGCUGGUACAAUAUCAAGCCUCUGUGCUUCCGGGUUUGUUUUGCUGGAGCUGGGGGCAUAUCGACCCUAUGUGCUUUGGGCUUGUCUUUUGUCAUGAUUGACAAUAAUAGGAGCUUUGUGGUGGAUGUUCAGAGUUUCAUCGGUUGCAUUUGCUGAGGUCUUUUCUGAGAUUGGGACGGCUGAGCUCAAUAGCAUCGUGAAUAUGCAGACGGAUCACGUCUUGCUUGAUAGAUUAAAUGACUGUCUUCUCCAUCGACGAGCAUAUUCAAUCCUGUGUAAGAUAGCCCUCAAGAGUGAACUGAGCAUAUUCGCAUUCG